AGUACUCCUCUCUCUGCUCCCUCCCACUCCAUUCACUUGCAAAUCAGUGUGUGCCCACAAGAGCCAGCUCUCCCGGGCCCGUCACCUUCCCAUCCCGAGAGCCGCAGUUGCAGCCGCGCUAGCGAGGACGCCGGAGCCGGCGGCCGCGGCGCCUGGCAGAGACCGGAGCAGCUUGCGCGGGGCGCGGGUCCCCACGGGUGCCGGACGGACCGCAGAGAUAUCCUCUGAGAGCCAAGUGGAGAACAUUAAGGAAGAAAAGAGAAAUGAGGCUGGAUACAGUGCAGUGAAAACAGGUGCUUCAAGGACAGGGGACUCCAUACCCAGAUACUCGACUGUGCCAUCAGCAUGAGAACUUACCAGUACUUCUUGCUGCUCUUUUGGGUUGGUCAGCCCUACCCAACUUUCUCAGCUCCGUUAUCUAAGAGGACUAGUGGUUUCCCGGCCAAGAAAAGGGCCCUGGAGCUCUCUGGAAACAGCAAAAAUGAGCUGAACCGUUCGAAAAGGAGCUGGAUGUGGAAUCAGUUCUUUCUGCUGGAGGAAUACACAGGAUCCGAUUAUCAGUACGUGGGCAAGUUACAUUCAGACCAGGAUAGAGGAGAUGGAUCACUUAAAUAUAUCCUUUCAGGAGAUGGAGCAGGAGAUCUCUUCAUUAUCAAUGAAAACACAGGCGACAUACAGGCCACCAAGAGGCUGGACAGGGAAGAAAAACCCGUUUACAUCCUCCGCGCUCAAGCUAUCAACAGAAAGACUGGGAGGCCCGUGGAGCCCGAGUCUGAAUUCAUCAUCAAGAUCCAUGACAUCAAUGACAAUGAACCAAUUUUCACCAAGGAGGUUUACACGGCCACUGUCCCUGAAAUGUCUGAUGUCGGCACAUUUGUUGUCCAGGUCACUGCUACUGAUGCUGAUGAUCCAACAUAUGGGAACAGUGCUAAAGUUGUCUAUAGCAUCCUACAGGGACAGCCCUAUUUUUCAGUGGAAUCAGAAACAGGUAUCAUCAAGACAGCGUUGCUCAACAUGGAUCGAGAAAACAGGGAGCAAUACCAAGUGGUCAUCCAGGCCAAGGACAUGGGUGGCCAAAUGGGAGGCUUAUCGGGGACCACCACAGUGAACAUCACGCUGACUGACGUCAAUGAUAACCCUCCUCGCUUCCCCCAGAGCACCUACCAGUUUAAAACGCCUGAAUCUUCUCCACCGGGCACACCCAUCGGCAGGAUCAAAGCGAGUGAUGCCGACAUGGGGGAGAACGCUGAGAUUGAGUACAGCAUCACCGACGGCGAGGGCCUCGACAUGUUUGAUGUCAUCACUGACCAGGAAACCCAGGAAGGGAUCAUAACAGUCAAAAAGCUCCUAGACUUCGAAAAGCAGAAAGUGUACACUCUCAAGGUGGAAGCCUCCAAUCCUCACGUGGAGCCCCGGUUUCUCUACCUGGGUCCAUUCAAAGACUCGGCCACAGUCAGAAUCAUAGUGGAGGACGUAGACGAGCCUCCGGUCUUCAGCAAACUGGCCUACAUUGUGCAAGUGAGAGAAGACGCUCAAGUUAACACGACCAUAGGCUCGGUCUCAGCUCAGGAUCCAGAUGCCGCCAGGAAUCCUGUUAGGUAUUCUGUGGAUCGACACACGGAUAUGGACAGAAUAUUCAACAUUGAUUCUGGAAAUGGUUCCAUUUUUACAUCGAAACUUCUGGACCGAGAAACACUGCUGUGGCACAACAUUACAGUGAUAGCGACAGAGAUUAAUAAUCCAAAGCAAAGUAGCAGAGUACCUCUAUAUAUUAAAGUUCUAGACGUCAAUGACAAUGCCCCAGAAUUUGCCGAGUUCUACGAAACCUUCGUCUGUGAGAAAGCAAAGGCAGACCAGUUGAUUCAGACCCUACGUGCUGUUGACAAGGACGACCCAUACAGUGGGCACCAAUUCUCAUUCUCAUUGGCCCCUGAAGCAGCCAUUGGCUCAAACUUUACCAUUCAAGAUAACAAAGACAACACCGCAGGAAUCCUAACUCGGAAAAAUGGCUAUAACAGACACGAGAUGAGCACCUAUCUCCUGCCUGUGGUCAUUUCAGACAACGACUACCCAGUCCAAAGCAGCACUGGGACAGUGACUGUCCGGGUCUGUGCAUGUGACCACCAUGGGAACAUGCAGUCCUGCCAUGCUGAGGCCCUCAUCCACCCCACGGGACUGAGCACGGGGGCUCUGGUUGCCAUCCUUCUGUGCAUCGUGAUCCUACUAGUGACAGUGGUGUUGUUUGCAGCUCUGAGGCGGCAGCGAAAAAAAGAACCUUUGAUCAUUUCCAAAGAGGACAUCAGAGAUAACAUUGUCAGUUACAACGACGAAGGUGGUGGAGAAGAGGACACUCAGGCCUUUGAUAUCGGCACCCUGAGGAAUCCUGAAGCCAUAGAGGACAACAAAUUACGCAGGGACAUCGUGCCCGAAACCCUUUUUCUACCCCGACGGACUCCAACUGCUCGCGACAACACCGAUGUCAGAGAUUUCAUUAACCAAAGGUUAAAGGAAAAUGACACGGACCCCACUGCUCCUCCCUACGACUCCUUGGCCACCUACGCUUACGAAGGCACCGGCUCAGUGGCCGAUUCCCUGAGCUCGCUGGAGUCGGUGACCACGGAUGGAGACCAGGACUACGACUACCUUAGUGACUGGGGCCCUCGAUUCAAAAAGCUCGCAGAUAUGUAUGGAGGGGUGGACAGUGACAAAGACUCCUAAUCUGUUGCCUUUUCAUUUUCCAAUACGACACUGAAAUAUGUGACGUGGCUGUUUCUUUCUAUUUAUCCAGUACUCUGUGAAGGGUUCUCUAUUCCACCAGAUCCAAAAGCCAAUGGCUGCAGUCCGUGUGGAUCCAACGUUAGAGACUUUUUUCUAGUACACUUUUAUGAGCUUCCAAGAGGCAGAUUUUUAUUUUUUAGUGCAUCCAGUUAACCAAGUCAGGGCAGCAGGUGCGAGCUGGAGGGCACAGGGAGCUGCCCUCUCCUUUACUCUCGGAGGGCAGUUUUGGAGCACGCUCACUAUCACUAUCACUCCACCGACUCAGGCCAGCGGACGGCUCUGACCGUACACUCCACGUGCCAAUGGGAUGAGGGGUUAGGCUUUCAUGAGAAAAAGAUAAUUUUAGUAAAAGAAGAGAGAAGGGAACAACUGUGGAGUUGCUCCUGGUAUGUCAGCGCACAAGGCGGUAAUAAACUACAUAAGGGUGUGUGUUUCUGUCACAAAGAACCUAAAAUGACAUUUGCCCAUCCUGUUUGCUAUUCCAGAGCUUUUUCUGGCACCACCUACUAUUUCAAACAUCAAAUCCACCAAUGUUUAAGAUUCUCUCCCCUAAAGGAAUAGAAGCAGAUUAAAUGGUAACACUAAAAGAUAUCACCACCAACACAAACUUAGCAAGGCUUCAUUCCAUGCCACCAACCCAUAAUCUGUUAUACAUUAGACAAACAAAAGUUUGCUUCUGCAUCAUUUAAAGGGAAAGAGAAAAUAGCUAGCAAUGUCAACAAAAGAAAUAUUUAGCAUAUUUCAAGUUUUGGCCACCAAAUAUAUCACAUAUCACUUGAAAUUCUUUCAACUAUUAGUUAGGCUAAUGACAAAUGAGUCUGUUUAUAAGUUCGUGAGAGAAUUUUUCUGAGACAAAUUUAACUCCGUGUCUGUAGUUUUCAUCAGUAUUAUUCUAUCAUACUUGAAAGUAGCAGUGUGAAGUAUUAUAAUUCAUCUUCACCAGAUAUUUCUCACACAAUUAAGUUGAAUUGGUAAAGUUAGAUGAAAUUAAAUUCAAGCCUCACCCUCAAAGUUCAGUGGAAAGGUUAGAGCCACCCUAGAACAUAGCACCCAGCUCCUGACACCCAGAAACAUCUACUUACUUAUGUAACAACAUCUGUGUACAUGAACAACACAUUGAGAUCAUGGUGAAAAACCUACAUAGUCCAUGUUCAGAAGAUGCUUACAAAGGGAAAAUAGAUUCCAUUCAAAAAAAAAUGUUUAAAAUUGUGAUUAAAAUAAUAGUUGACUUUCAAAGGCAUUAAUAUUUUUUCACUGUUUUUAGUUUUGCUGCCAUGGCAACCCUGCCAUCCCUGUGUUUGAAUUAAUGAUAAAGUAAUGGUCUCAAAGGACAACAGAAAAAGAAAUGUAAAAUCCACCAAUCUAUUAUUUCUCUGAUUAUGCAAUUAGCAUCAUAGUCACUUAUGAUCCGGAGGACCUAAAUGAACUGAACUAAUCCUUCUGUCAGGUUCAAAUCAUUUAUUUCAUGUGGUUGUUCUAAUGGCUUUUAUCAUUAGAACCUCAGAUUGUGCAGUCAUCAGAAAUUUCCAAAGUACUGUAAUGAAAACAUCUUUGUUUUGCAAACUUAAGAAAAACAGGCUCUGUACAUAUAUAUAUAUACAUAUGAUAUAUAUAUAAAAUAUACUUAAGAAUAGGCUGACUUCACUUACUAGUCUUAGGGAUUCAUUUUUAACUUAAUGUUAAUUUUCUUCAGACAAUCUCAGCGUCAUUUCCAUUUGGGGUUAAUGUCUUAUCAGGACUAACUUUCUGUUUGGAAACACACUGUUGCUAAGUCUUCAACAGGCAUACUAUCCAGCAAGUAAACAUGGCGCCUUUAAAGCAAGGGAAAUGUAGCACUCUGGGUUGCCCGAUGAGAAUGAAAUCUUUUUAUAAGCAUACUAUUCUUUUCGUUUCCUGAAUGGUUUCUAUUUUGUAAUGGACUGCCCUGAAAAUUAACAAAUAUUUCAUCCUUAGACUAUUUCUUGUUUCCAGGAUUUUCUUUUUCUAGUACUUCAUACACACACACACACACACACAGAGUCACUAAGAAAUGCAAAUAAAACACUACAAGAGGGCUUCACUGUAAUGAAUCUAGAUAUAACAUAGUCACAGGUAAGUGUUGAAAAAAAUAGCUUAGCAAAGCUAAUUAAAAAUAACUAGUUAUUUAUCUCAAUAGAACAGCAUCUUAAUCACAAGAUUUACUAUGAAAUUAAAGAACAUGCUAUCCUUAUGUUUCAUGCAAGGUAACAACUGAAUCAAGAACGUUCCCUAAAAAGUAAAGUAUCAUCAAAAGUUAUCUUUUCAAACUUUCGCCAUUAACUGGAAUUUCUGAGAGUUAGCACUAGAAGUCUCCAAACCAGGGUUUACUUUCUCCUUCUAAGUGAAAAUAAGCAGUUGUAUAGCAGAGUAUCUGAGAUGUAACCGGCAGGGUUUUUUAUCCCUGCCUGAAGGUGAUACAGUGUGCUAAGAACAGCAUGCUAAAUAGGACUAAACACGGAACUACCUGUUCAAUCUCUUGCCACAGAAGUUGAUGAUGAAGUAAAUCUCCAGCAGAUUGGAUAAUUUGUGACUAGAGCAGAAUAUUUCCUGCCAGGGUCCUGUAAUAUCAACUUGGAGUGGUAUUUUCCUAUCAUUAAAACUCGAGCAUCUAACAUCAUAGAACUGACAGCCACAAUUCUGUCAUUCUCCUGCCUGCACCUCCUUCUCUCUAAAAUAUCAGGUCCAAACACCAUUCCAUGCGCAGCUCUUUUUUCUUCAGCUAUAGGUCCUAGACCAAUGUGAAAGAUUACUGGAGUAAAGAACUUUUUUUAGCUCAGUUUUCAUAUGUUGGUGUUCCAAUUUCAGAUGCUGGUGAUGAGAGAGAUGGAAAGAGUUGUAAGAAGCAAAAUUUUAAUAUUUGCCUUAACUACUGAGAAACCCAAAUGCAUGAAGCCUAGGCAGAUGACUUUCACAGGUUGUUUCAAAGUGGUUUAGACCUUUCUGACUUUUCCCCUCUAUCUUAAGGAAAGAGGUUUUUUUCUAACCCACUAACAUAUUCCCUGGAACAAGCUGAAAUUUUAAAGCCAUUUACCCAUUGCAUGGACAAUUUCUGCCGAAAAGCCUGAAAAACAUUUGUCCCCAGAAAAGUAAGUAGAGCAAAUGAGAGAUGAAACAUUUGUCCCCAGAUAAUUAAGUAAAUCAACAGUGGUCCCUUAGACUCAAGAGAGGGAAUCUGGGCAGAGUAAACAUGUGAUUUUUUUUUUUCUUUUUUUCAGAACUUUUCUGGCUUUACAGUUUGAGGGACGCCAGGGAGGUUCAGCCACCAAAUUAUUCUAUUUUCAGGCGGAACAAACAUGGUGAUUCAAUUUUAACUCAGUAUAAAAAUAUGUGGUUUCAUUCUCAUUUUUCAGCUCCUGGAAAGUUGUGCAAGAAGUUCUUCAAAAUUGAAUCUGUGUCCUAGGAGCAUCCAAAUUUUAUGGAUCCAAAAUAACUUCAGAAUGUUCUCAUUACUUUCAUUUUUAAGUACAUAAAUUUUAAAUGUCCUGAUUCGCUGAACAGUAUCUUACAUCAAAUGCUUUGCCUUGAAAUGCACAUUUCCUAGUAGGAGAGAGAGAGACAUAAACUACAAAUGGGACAUUCCUAGAUUCUAUUUACUUGAGCACUAUAAAAAGUACACAGCUCAAAGGAGAGACCAGAGUUGGUUCCCAGAUGUAAAUCAGCAUUUAAAUCAGGCACUUGUGCUUAUCAGCUAAAUUCAUCCCUACUGAGGGACAGAGCCACCAAAUCUCUUAUCCUAGUCACUAGUUUUGAAGUAGUAUAAUUACUUUGGAACAACGCUCUUAAAAAGCAUGAUCCCCACUAUUUAAAGGGUAUCCUCUGAAAAGCAUCAUUUUAGCAUAAUUUUAAUUUCUGUGUGUUAAUCUUUUUUGAAUGGUGACAUUCUGGUAGGGGACUCAAAAGGCAAGCGGUCUUGCCAUGUCUGAGUUAACACUAGAGCCCAGCCUUCUUUAUCAGAUCACAAGAGUAGAAAGCUUAACCCUUGGUUUGUGAAUCUUUAGGAAGAUGGACUGUUUCCUAAGCUGACAAGCAGCUUUCUUUUCCAGAGAAUGCAGAAUUACAGCGUGGUCUCCUUAAAAGUUCAGUGGCUAUUACAGCUGCAGCAUUUUUAAUCUCCCUUUGGCAUCUUUAUGGAAUGAUUUUCUAAAGGGAUAAUUCUCUACUAAAAAUACCAGGCCCUGGCCAUAUUUAACGUGGAGAGCAAUACACUCUUGGAAAGGAAAUACAUUGACUCACACACUUGUUAAAAGUUAAUAAAGAAAUAGCUCAUUUUUAAAGCCACGAGUUUAUGGUCUCUGCAUCGUUGAUUUAAUUUAAGCAUUGCAGAGACAAUCUUUAAUCCACUCCCCAUUUUGUAUUACCUUAUUUAUGAUACAUUUUCAUUUUUUAAUUUGGGGGAACCAGUGGCCAAACCAAGCCAGCAGAUGAACGUGUUGAAAGGAGGUCAGAUGGAAACCAAGGCUAUUACCCACUGUAUUUCAGACAGGCCUGAGACACUUAGCCCAACAGCCACUGGGUUAUUAGAUUAAUUUCAAAAGAGCUUUUACAACUUGCUCUAAUUCCAUUUUUUUUUUAAACUCACAGACCACAAACUCAAAUUUCUCCUCAACUGGGGCUAAUCUGACAAAUGAGGCAUGGACCUAGCGUUGUGGAAAAAGCAUUCCACUAUAAUGAGACCUUGGUCUUUCUUGUGAGACUAUGCUAUUUAUGUAAAUAUGUCUUCUGUAAGCUUUUAGUUUCCUAUGAUCUAUUAGUUUAGUGUUUAUUAAAGGAUCAAAUGUAUAGACUUAUUACGCAUUCAGGAGGAAUGCUGUGUAGCAAAUGUACAAUGGAACUGCUCAAAAGAAACACAGGAACACUUCAAACUCACUGCACUGUUUUGUUUGUGAUUAUUUCAUCACUUUGAGAGUAAAGAUAGGCCUUAUAAUAAAUGCUAUGUGUGUCUUCAGUAGUACUGAGCUAAGGCAACUUGGCAUUCUCCUACUGUGACUUGUGAUUUUUCAACCCAGAAAAUAAAAGCUUUUUGGUAUUGAUUGUUUUUAAUUAAAAACACUUUCAUGUAUGAGUUGAACCUGAUGCCACCCUUGAAGAUGUACCGACCGGGGUGCCUCGUUCAUGUCGUUUUUCUCAGUGUUGCUCAUGUCUUUGGCAACGAGAUGCCUGGUGGAAAAUGCUUCCUGCUGAGCCGCCAUGCACAUUUCCAGUUAGGGAGACUCUCCACACUUCACAGCUUCCAUGAAAAUGUCUCCGUAUUAGAAGACUGGGGUCACCACAGUUACCUUCAGCUCUGUGUGGCCAGGCCUUCUGUUGUAGUCAAAUGGCAAAUGCGCAUUUCUUGAAAUGGCUUCUUUUAUUUUGCUUUGUUUUCUUAGACUUAUAAAUUUAAAAAGAAUGCAAUUGAAAAAGUGAUUUCUCACAGAGUAAAUAUGCCUUUUGCAAAUCAAUUUUUGUAACAAGUUAUUUAUAUGAUAUUCCUUAAUAAACUGGGUUUUUUUCUA